AUGGAGCGUCAUUUCUUCUUCCUUGCGUUUGGGCCUCCCCUGGUUGCCAGCGUCCGAUAUCACAUUCAUCCCACCAGACGCGUUUCACGAACCCACGCAGCACACAGUAGACAUCUUUGCUCUUCUCCUCCGCCUCUGACAGACUUGCUCCAUCUGCACCGUGUCCGUGCGCUCAAGGAUCACAAGUUCAACUUGACUUGUAGCAUUUCCCGACGACGAAGACGACCCUCGGCUUGCACCCUGCUUGCCCCUCUCUUCUGA